AUAAUGGUGAAAAAAGCUUCAAAUGUCCCCCAUUAAGGUGCAUUUACACUGUCAGUCUAUAAAUAAUUUUUACCACUAGGUGGUGGACCAGAAAAACAGAUAUUUUUUAUUGUUCUUGAAGUCAUGGCUGGUUGGAAUAGCGUUUCUGGAUAUCUUGUGCACCGACCAGGAGGAACUUUGGGAAGACUGAAAUCCAAGAGAAGGCUGUGGUACGUAUAUGAUGAGGGAAACUGUAACCUCUUGUAUUACAAGAACGAGGCAGACUCUAGCACCAAACAACCUCUAGGGGCCAUUAACAUCCGUGGCGCAGCUAUUUCAUUAGGCCAAGCGGAGAGCAACGAGUUUAUAAUUUAUUCCGACAACAAAGUGUACGUCUUGGCAGCUGAUAACCACGAGUCUCUGAUGAUUUGGACCAUGGGUCUUCAGCGAAGUAGAGAUGUCGCUCUUUCACGCUUGUCACCUAUGAUGUCAGAUGACAUUACAGAUUGUGCCAGAAACCACCAAUCACAGAGAAGAAAAGAAUCGCUCCCGAGUGAUCAAGAAAUGCAGGCCAUGAUCAGAAGAGCCCAGAAUGCCGAGGGUAAAACUAAGAUAUUUAGAACUCAUUCACUUCAGCUUGAAAGUAAACCCAGUGUCCAGAAAACACAAACCAUGUUAUCGGCUGCAAGGAAUAUUUGGGCGAACAAGCCUGUAAAAGAUUCAUUUCUAAGGCUUUCUCCUUUGAUACAAAGCUUAGACCAUUCAGAGGAAGACGAAAAAGGUAACGAAACGUCCUUUGAUGAAAUCGCAGGUGAAACGGGAACCCGUAACAAGGAAAAGAAAAAUGAAGAACGCCUAGAUGAAGAAGAAGAAGCCUGUAGCUUUAUAGACUUAGACCGAAACAACAACGACAGCAGACGAGGAUCGCUUGAAAGGUACACAAAGAACAGCGAGGAAUUUCGAAACGAUUCCGACAGUAAUAAUUCUGCCAGGGAGAGUGAUUCCAGUGCACAGACCUCUGGUUCAGAAACUUUAGAUAAGGAUCAGAAGAGCUGUAUCGUGGAUUCCCAACGGUUAUUCUUCUCUGGUGAACGAGUGGCAGUUUUGAAGAAAAUUAACUCCGAUUCAAACAAAACAGAUGAAUUAAAACGAGAUUUUGAUCGAACAGGGUCUGUAUCCAGCGACUCAGCCAUGGGGCACAGUGAAUGUGGUCAUUCUGUUCGGCUUCAAGAAUUAGAGGCUGAUCUCAUGACGACGAAAUGUGAGCUCGCUAAGGCCUUAAAUAGGGAAGCUGGGUGUAAAAGCACAGUAUCAGAAAAGGAUCUACUGAUCAGGGAUUUACACGAUCGUAUUCGAGAACUUGAGCACAAAGAAGACGAACUAUGGCAUUCGUCUAAUCAAAGAUCCACCAGCGCUCAGAGGUUCCAGGAAAAGUGUCGAAUUCUUCAAAACCUCAACCGUUUUCUGAACGAAGAAGUCAUGAAGUUGUCUCACCUUCUGAAUGAAGAACGAAAUCAUAGUGAGAGGCAACAUCUGAAUCUGAUUGAGUUGCAGGAAGAGAUUGAACAGUUCGAGAGAGAUUACGUCUUCCUUCUUCAGUCGUCCAUUAGAUUCACAUUUCGAGAUGGUUGCGAAAUGAUGGAAGUUUAUCAAUACGGUGAGGACAGGCACAAAGCGAAAGUUUUAUCCUUACUAGAGAAGGCUAGGAAACUCAACCCAUCCCUUCCCGCCUACGAUGGCGAGUUGAUCAUUAUGUCUCCUAUGAAACAGUUUAUACCUAUUUCAUUCUCAAACUACAUAAGAUACGUGACGAUUGAACGGCAGAAAGAGUUGAAAAGUCUCGUGCGCGGGGGAAUUCCUUCUCAUCUUCGACAUCUUGUAUGGAGCGCUCUCUGUCGACAAAAACUGAAAGAUGUGAUAAUUGAAAAAGGAUCUCAUUAUUAUAAUAACCUCUGCAGUUUGGCUCCCGAAUCUGAGGUGGUUUCCGAAAACAGACGACAAAUAGGAUUAGACCUGUUACGAACUAUUCCAAGUAACGUUCGUUUCAGUGACCCGAAUGCUGAUGGGGUACGUAAGUUACAAGAAGUACUUCAGGCGUUUUGUCUCCACAACCCAAGUGUGGGCUACUGUCAAGGAAUGAACUUUCUCGUCGGAAUGUGUUUACUUUUUCUGGAACCAGAGGACGCUUUCUGGUGUUUAGUGGCAGUAACUGAGAAACAUUUCACACCAAACUAUUUUGACCAAAAUCUGAUUGGUGCUCAAGCAGACCAAGAAGUACUCAAAGAUCUAUUGAAGGACAAGCUGCCAAAUCUACACCGCCAUUUAGCGUCGAAUGAUAUUGAGAUCUCCACCAUUACGUUAAAUUGGUUCCUGGCGGUUUUCUUUGACGCAGUUCCAUUUGAGAUUCCACAAUAA